AAAAAAAAAAAAAAAAAAUUAAAUUAUUUAUACAUAUAAAGCCCUUGACGGUGCUUAUAAUAAAUAUUAAAAAAAAAACACACAUACACACAUUAUAUAUAUAUAUAUAAAAAAAGAGAGGGAAAGAAAUAAAAAUGGAAAAUUUUUAUAAUAAUUAUUUUAUAUUUAAUACAAAUUAUAUAAAUAGACUUUUAGCAACAUCAUUUGUAUUAAUAUGGUCGGUUUUUUUCAUAUUUAUUCGAAUGAGGACAAAUAAAAACAGCCAAAGUAAUCGACUUUUUAAUCAGCCCAUUAGCCCAAGAGGAAUAGGAUUAGGAUUUAUUCUUGUUUCCAUGUUAUUAGAAAUUAUGGCGGAUAUAAUAACAGUUAAAGAUAACUCCAGUGAAAAUUUAGAUAAUUUUUUACCUCAAUUAAAAUUUUCAUCUUUAAUAUUAUGGAAUUUUUCUUUAGCAAUGAAGUCACUUGCAGCAUUUAUAGCUUUUACUAGAUAUUUUCCUUUGACGAGCACUUUAUCAAAAGAAGAAAUUAUGUCCCAUCAAUAUUUUAAUUUUAGCGUAUAUUUUAAUUUACUUAGUGGGAUAAUGAUUUAUCCUUCUUUAGUAUGCGUAUUAGUAUUAUACAAAACGACUUGGAGUCAAUCAAUGCUCAUAACAUAUUUUUAUUAUAUGUUUCAAAUGACUAUAUGCCUUAUCUUCUUCUUAAUAUUAAAUAUAAAGAUGCAUAUAUCUAUAGAAGUAGGAUUAUUAUAUGAUAUACAUGCCAUAAAACAAUUUCGAUAUCUUAUUUCAAGAACUUAUAAUAUUAUUGGAUUCUUAGCAUGUGAAAUACUUUCCUUAUUUAUUUAUAAUUUAAGUCAAUUGGCUGGUAAAUUUAUACAAAAAUCCUUUUGGGCUACAACGAUUAUAUUUGGUUUCAUUAUAUUAAGUAGUUCAGCUGUUUAUGUUAUUAUUGUCAUGAUCUUAUCUCAUAUUCAACAAGAUAAUAAUAAUUCCACCAAUUUACCUAAUGGAAAAAGUCAUACUUUAUCCGAUUUUACAAGUUUAAACGUUAGUGAAGAACAAAAGAGACAAUCAAAACCACCAGGAUUCUCUUCAAUACGUUUACAUGGUCUUUUUAAGAAACAUAAUGUUGCUACUCCUUUACCAACUUAUGUUAAAGACAGAGGAGAUUUUGUAGAUGUAGAAUUGGGUGAUAGUAGUAAUGAAAAGACUAGUAAAAGUGGUGGUGGCACUAUUGCUGAAUCAACUGAACAACUGAACAACUGAACAAUUAAAUAUUAAUUAAAUAUUAAUUUUUUUUUUUAUAUUUUUUUUUACAUAUAUAUACAUAUAAAUAUAUAUACAUAUAUAUAU